AUGAGACUUCCCUACGCUCCCAACACCCCUCCGGCUGAUGCCCCCGCCGACACCGCGGAUAUCUACGCCCGAAUUGCCGCACGCCGCAACCCGCGCCCAUUGAUUCCUCUGGAUCUCUCCCUCCUGCACAGCCCGCCCGUUGCCGAUGGCUGGAACAGCUUCCUGGGCGCGAUCCGCACCCGCACCGUUGUCGAUCUUGGAAUUCUCGAGCUGGCCGUGUGCCGAGUCGCCGUUCUGAACGAUGCCGUAUACGAAUGGAAUGCGCACGCGCCUCUUGCGCUCAAGGGUGGUGUCAAGCCCGAGGAGCUUCAAGCGUGCCGUACAUUGCCUAAGACCACAGAGGGUGACCUUGCCGCUCUGGAGAGCAGCUCGUUGACACCACAGCAGCGCGCUGUUCUGCGCUACACUGAUCAGAUGACUCUGACUGUCAAGGUUCAGGAUGAGGUCUUUGCGCAGUUGCAGACCGUUGGAUUCAAUGAUCGUGAGAUUGUUGAGUUGACCACUGGAAUUGCCGGUUAUAACUGUGUCAGUCGAUUCUUGGUGGCGUUGGAUGUGGGUGAGAACAAUGCUCGCGAAAUGAAGAGCGUUGAUGAGCUUGUUGCUGCGCUGUAA